AUGCGUUAUUUUAAUAGUUGUGUCUAUGCAGCUGAAUUACGUAAAGAUAAUACUAAUGAAAUUACUCUGACCCAAUCUCAACUUCAGGAAGUUCAAAUAGAUGGCCUAAUAUGUCAUUUGCAGGAUAAUCAUUCGCUGUGUUGGCCUAAAGUCUGUUGGAUAAAAGAUAAUCAAGAAUUAAGUAUUCAAGAUCCAACAUUAAAACAUUAUUCACAAGUUCAAAUUAAUGAAUUUCGACAAAU